UGGCGUCCGCAAAGAACACAUCCACAAGCGCUGGACCAUCCACCCCCGGGGAGGGAUGACCUCUUCAGCAAUCUACUCCUCAGUAUAUGCGCGCAAUGGGAUCAGAAUGGUUUUUGGACUUCGUUGUUCAGGGGGACCUUUUUGGGCCAGCUGUUUUCAUGCGACCCACUUGCGUUCCAGACGCUGGGGGAGCUGCCAACGUUCUUCCUCUCGGUACCAUCGUCUCGUGCGCCAAGACUCCUGGAGGUUUGCUCAAGCUGCAAACUAAUGGCUUGUACGACGAGUGCAGAUUGCCUCUCAGAGGUGUUAAGGGCGUGUUGGUGACCAUCAAGAGUUUCGCGGGGUACGACUCGAACAUGACGUUGUGCUCUCACUUCAAAGGCCUUUGCGAUGGCGGCAGCAAGCGUCUUCCAUCGCCAGAGCAAUAUCUUGAUCUCGCGAUGAUGGUGCCGAAAGAACGUCCGGUUCUUUCGCGAGAUCAUGUUUUUAGGCUUCUGCCACCCCAUGAGGGGUCGUCCGGCUUGGCUCAAGAAACUCCAGGGACGGCAGUGGGGCGCGGGAGUGCGAUUCACGACGCUGGGGGUCGGGUUAAGAGGCUCGCGCGCAGCGCUCGCACGCAGGUUGGCCCGGAUGCUCCUGGGAACACGUCGGACUUGCAUUCUCAGGGUACAGGGACUCAACAGGUCGUUACUCCGAAACUCCUCAAGGUCCACUGCGGCGGCGACACGUAUUCGCUUCGAGAUGAGCCGAGAAGAGAAUCCGGCAGAUCGGGGCAAGAUGUCGGAGGGAAUGAGGCUGAAGGGAUGGACGCUGUCCGCGAAAGCUCUGGCGGGGAGCCGACUCCUUCGGAGAAGAGGCGCGAGCGACAGAGGAUGGUGCGAGAGGAGGUGGCGGAGGGAACCCUCCGCAUGAAGAGGAUGAGAGGAAAAUCGGAGGCGGUGAUGGGCGGGGACGGAGGUGACGUCGGAGAACGUGCCUCGGGAAAGAGGCCCGACGAUUUGACCAUCCGCGAAGGACAAGCCAUGGGUGGAGGAGAUUCGGAUAAUCCAGGCGCUGCGACCGCGAGAGAACCUUCGGGGAAAUCGAAACGGAAAGUGGCAGCUGAAGAAGGCGAUGGCCAGAAGAAACCUCGAAGGCGGAAGACUGUUGAGGCGGCGAGCGGUGGCGAACGGCCUGUUGGGGAGGAGUGUGACGAAGCGCCAGCGUUCUGGCUCGAAUACGAGCGGAACGAUGGCGGUGAAAUCGUGGAGAAGGAGCUCCCCGUCCAACUGCUCAUCGACCCCAGGAAGGUCUGCGACAUCCUGCCUUGGGAAAGAUAUUACAACCACCGCAGUCUAAAUCGCGAAACAGUGGACGACAUCAAGGAUGCGAUGUUGAGUCAAUUCCGUGAGAAAAAGGGGAAGAUCUGGACGAAAAACCCUCUGGUUCUGGCACCCAUCUACAAGCCGGUGACGCGUAGGCCGGAGCAAGCUGACAGGGUUCACAAAUAUGUCUUCAAGCCAGAGGACAAGGACAAGUACUACUAUUACCCUGUUAACGGACAACACAUAGUGGCUGCUGUGAAGGAGUUGGAGGGUGAGCCAAUAUUCGAUUUGUGGAAGAUGCACUCGUGGCCGGCGAGAGUAGUGUGGUUCUCCGACCGAGAUUUCGCGGGGUAUAGGCAGUGGAUGCCGCUCGUGACGGCCGAUGAUGACGUUUUCCGCAAAGCCAUGGAGUUCUACGCGAAAUGGGCAGAGGGGAAGUUGUUGGGCGGCGACGGCAAGACGCCAUUGUCGAGGUCGGGCAAAUACAUGCCAGACAAAUCUCCGGGUCUGCAAGCAAUUCCGAAAAUUGGCUUGAAAGGGGCGGCUGGUGAAACGAAGAUGGGGUGGCUGGUCCGGGUACCGCCGCCUCCGACCAAAAAAAAAAUGCAAGCGGACGACAAGUUUUUUGUGGUCGUGAAGGAGCCAGACAUGUUCUGUUGGCAGUGUCUCGCCGACAUGACCGAUGUCGAGAAACUGUCGAUCCUCGACGACAUUCUCGCACUAAGGGGAGUGUUCGUGGAAUCCGCGUGCGGGCAUCUGAAGCGUCAGCAUAAACCUGGAAUUAAAGACAUGGUCGCGACGACGAAAGUGGACCGUGUGAUGCUCCGUAUGUUCCACUACAUCUUGUUCCUUGAAACGGAGGAGGACGGACGUGUUUGGCGCUACGGGAGCCCUUUUUUCCAGACCGAGGGGCGGCUCCUGGAGGAGUUCGGGCUGCAGUGCCUCACGAAACAGGUGUGGGUCGAAAUGCGAAAGCAUUUCCAGGGCGCGGUGGAGUACGUGAACACUUGCAAACGUACUCUUCCGCACGAGAAGGAGUCUCUCGACGACGCGAAGAACUUGUACGAGGACGACAGGUUCCCUAAAUCUUUCGAAACGUUUGUGAUCUCACACUCCUCACAGACUGGCGAGAAGACGAUUUCGCCAACUUGCAAGGCGUUCUCCAAACACUUUCGCCAACGCACUGGGCACUUGUGAUCUUUUUCCCCUCUCGUUGGGAGCUCAUUUUCUUGAAAGGCAUGGCCAAGCUUAGCAUCCACGUCAAGACAGGGAAGUGGGUGCGCAAUGCACAAAA